AUGGCGCCCCGGUCCAUCUCGCUGAUCCUUCUGCUCACUGCUUUCCGACAUGUUUGCUGUCGCGUCCCCAAACCACCAGGAAUCCCGAUGGUGGAUAUCGAAUCGGGAUUUUCUCAUCAUGCUCUGCAAGCAAGGGCAAUGCCUCCUUACAACACGACCUAUUACUUUGAUCAGCUUAUCGACCACAAUGAUUCAUCGAAAGGCACGUUUCAGCAACGUUACUGGCAUACGGCGGAGUAUUACCAAGAGGGCGGCCCCAUUAUUUUCAUGAAUGCGGGAGAGGUCAACGCAGCUCCUUAUUACGGCUAUGUGACAAAUAGUACGAUCAAUGGUGUCAUCGCACAGAAAUACGGCGGCGCUGCAAUCGUUCUCGAGCAUCGCUUCUUUGGCUUGAGUAAUCCUUACCCGAACCUCGACGUCUCCAGCUUUCAAUAUCACACGAUAGCUCAAGCUAUCGAGGACAACGUCUAUUUCGCCAAGAAUGUUGUUCUUCCGCAGGACAAUGGAGAUAGCGUCGGCCCGGAUAAGGCACCAUGGAUCAUGAUUGGGGGAAGCUACCCAGGCGCCUUGGUCAGCUGGACUAUGGCCGCACAUCCAGACGUAUUCUGGAUAGGAUAUUCUUCAUCCGGUGUUGUUCAAGUUCAGAUCGACUUCUGGCAAUACUACGAGCCCAUCAGGGAGAACAUGCCCAAGAACUGCUCCGCCGAUGUCGAAGCCGUCAUCACCUACGUCGACAAGGUUUUCUUCGGAUCUAACACUACCGCACAACAAGAGCUUCAGGCACUGUUCGGCUUCUCGACUGAUUUGGAGGUCGCCCAGGCUCUGAGGUGGGAUCUGUGGACAUGGCAGGAUAUGCAGCCUAAUACUGGCGCCGGUGCCACCUUCUAUCAAUUUUGCGAUGCAUUGGAAGUCAAGGGUAACGUCACCGCUUCUGAGACUGGCUGGGGGCUGGAAAACGCGCUCGGCGCGUGGGGUUUGCAUUUCACUGCCAGUAUGGUCGCUGUUCACUCUCCUCCCUCUCCCGCAGGCAUUCCUCUCAACCGGGAGAUCCCGCAUUCUCGAGAGUUGAACGCUAGGGAUGACUAUCCUGUUGAUGACGCAGACCGUUCCUGGUUCUGGUUGAUAUGCAAUGAGAUCGGAUUCUCAUUGGAUGGACCGCCCGUCGGACAAGGGGGGAUAGUUUCUCGCUUAAACGUUUGGGAGGAUAAUAUGCGUGAUUGCGUGACCUCAUUUCCCGAAGCAUUCUCAGAGUAUCCUACUCCAAAUGUGAAUCGGACGAACAUCCUGUAUGGUGGGUGGAGUGUGAACAAUACCCGACUAUUCUUCGCGAAUGGUAAACGGGAUACAUGGCGGGAAGCUACAGUAUCGGCGGUUAAUACUACUGCCGUCAGCACAGACAUCCAGCCCAUCAGGUUGUCGAAUGGCUUUCACGCAUCAGAUUUGGUGAUGCGGCUGGCGGCGCCUGAUCCCACGAUUGUCGCGGUGCAGGACGCAUUUAUCACGUACGUAGAAUCGUGGUUGAAAGAUUUUGUGCCGUCGUAG